AAAAUUUAAAAAUCACCAAAGAUAAACAAACAAAGUGUCAAAACAACAAGUACAAUGAUUGAACUAAUAACCUCAAACUCGUCAUCGGAUUCCUUGCGACGCAAACUGGAGGAUCUGCUGAAAUUAAUGCUCUUGGUAUGGGCGCGCGAAUCACAUGUGAUUUCAAAGCUUACAGCGGGAGAAAGGGGUGUUGACAAAACGAUCGUGGUUAAGAGUGAGUCUGGUGAAUUUGGUUUUCGCAUACACGGCUCGAAACCGGUCGUGGUCGCCGCCAUUGAACCCGAAACACCGGCUGAGAGCUCUGGACUCGAGGUAGGCGAUAUAAUCAUAUCGGUGAAUGGCGUUGAGGUCUUGGAUAAACAUCAUACCGAAGUGGUGAAGAUCGCGCACGACGGUUGUGAGACACUAGAGCUAGAGGUGGCGCGCACAAUCGGUGUGCUCAUGCACGAGCAACAAGAGCCGCCGAGUCAACCGAUCUUUAGCGGUUAUUUGUGGCGACAGAGUGGCCAAGCGAAGGGCGCACCGAACACGAAAAAAUGGGUGCGCCGCUGGUUCUCGCUGCGACCGGACAACUGUCUAUACUAUUACAAAACCGAAGAUGACAAUCAACCCGUUGGCGCUAUGAUCAUGGCCAAGCAUACAGUUGAUCACUGCCCGCCUGAAGUCGGUAAGCCGUACGCCUUCAAAAUUGACUCCGGCGAAGGCAUACCAUUGUAUGUGGCCGCAGAUACAGAGGAACUGUCCAGCCGUUGGAUUAAGUUGCUCAAGCAAGCGGCUACACAAGGCACACCCUGGCUUGAUAAUAGUGCACACAAUCUGUACCAACCGCCGUGCAGCAUUACACGUCCGGAUUGUUUCGGUUACCUGUUGAAAUUGGGCUCCCGCUGGUGUGGCUGGUCGAAGCGCUACUGUGUGCUGAAGGAUGCUUGUUUGUAUUUCUAUCAGGAUGCUAAUAGUAAGACGGCAUUUGGUAUGGCUUGUCUGCAUGGCUAUAAGGUAUCAUCGAUGUCGACAAAUGCCUCAGGCAAGAAGAAUUCCUUCGAGAUUAUACCGCCAGAGACCAAACUGCGACAUUAUUAUUUCUGCACCGAAUCGGAAAUGGAUAAAAAGAGAUGGAUAUCGGCUCUUGAAUAUUCAAUCGAUCGUUGGAUAAAAUCCGGGUAACUAAGAUUGAAAACUAUAGGGAGCAAACGCAAGCGUAGUUUCAGUUACUACAUUGAGUAAAAAUAUGGAACAGAAAGUGGAGAAAAAUACUGAUAAUUGAAAAGAGGUGUGUCGGGGAGUGUCGAAGAGAACGACUUGGCUGCCACGUAAAAAUUAUAAAAGCUAUACAACUUAAAAUAAAAAUAUUGCAUAAAUGUAAUGUGAAAAACCACUGCAACUGAUUACAUUUUAAGGCAUAUUAAGUAGAUAUACAAAUACUUUUAAGCAAACCAAUAGAAAAAAAAUCAUUUUAAGUAAAACUGAGAGCAGAAGAACUAAAGCACUAGAACUGAUAUACGGAGUAUUUUAAGGGAAAGCAAAAUAGUAUGCAAAAAUAAAACAGACAAGAAGUUGGAAAGCAGAUUACAGCAGCAUGAAUUGGAAAUGAAAAAGCGAAGAAAUGAAAGGAAUGUAUCUUAGAAAAUAAUUAUUUUAAAUUAAGCUGUAAAAAUAUUAAAUUAAAGCUCUAGAUUGCAUUCAAUAUGAAUAUAGAAAAAAAUCUGAAAUAUAUAGUAAAAGAUUAAAAAUCGACAAGUGUAAAUACAUACAUACAUAAAAGCCAAAGAUAAAUAUAUAAAUAUAUUUGAAACUGUUUUUGAAUAUUAUAAUAGAAAAUAUGUGAUUGUAAAUACAGUUUGUAUGUAGAAAUUUCAGCAUUUAGCCAACAAUUAUUUAUAUAGAUGUCAAGCAAAACCGUUAUUUACAGUGACGACCACUAAAAUUAGCUUUCAUUGCAACACGAGCACACCACUAAUUAAUGAAUGAAAUGAAAAUUAAAAGUAAUUUAAUUGUCAAUGUGCAGUAAUGUAAAAACGAAUGCCAAAUAAUUAGUGUUGAUACUGAAAAAUAAAAAAUUAAAUUAUUUUUUUUAUAAAAU